AUGGAAACAGAAACAACGGGAAUAUCCACAGCUCUAGAGAGAGCAAGAAAUGGAAGGUUAUUGGAUUGGGUGAUCGGAUAUCGGAGUGUACGCUGGACGUUUCAUUUUCGAAAUUUAUUUUACUUCUUGGUUGAGGUUCAAGAUGCUAGCUAUAAAGCUUACUCGGCUCAGAAUAUGCUCAACGGAGCAAAAGAUACAAGUAAAGAAAGAAUUACUGAGCAGACUGGCGCUCUCGGACAGAUGUGUGAGAUGGAAUACAUGGAUUCCUUGAAAAAGAUCCAGACUGAUGAUUGA